AUAGCCGUUGCAAAAGAGGACAGCUCAAACGAAAUUCAAAAAAAUUGACCGUUGGGAAUAUAAUCGCCAGUUUUUUUCCCUAUAAGCCCUCCAAGGAAAGGAAGCGUUUUUUUGUUUUUUGCUUUUCCUUCCGACUAAUCCCGGAAAGAAAACCCAAGAAAAAAUGGUGAGAGAAAAGCCAAAACAAACCACCCCGCAAGAUUCAAAGCAAUCGAACCCAAUUGAAAAUAGCCAAAAUGUUGAUAACUUGUUUAGUCCUAGGUUCAAAUCCGCGGCUGCCAUGGCUGGUUGGGACGAAGAAGCCCUGAUCAUUGCUAGUAUCGUCGUGGAAGACACCCCUGAUCGACAAUCUAAACACAAGAAACGCUCUGAUUUGAUUUUCAAGACUCCACCAUCCACCACUUCAAGAAGGAAACGUAGGGCUCAGAGAAGGAGUCCACUUUCAACUCCUAUUGCUCCAUUAAACCUUGAUGAAGAGGAGACUUCAAAACAAGAGAGUAAGAAAGAGUCAAUGGAACAAAGAAUUGAUAUGAAGGAGGAGAAGAAAACAGAAGUAAAUGAACCAUCUGAACAGGUCCCUGGUGCUUCUUGCUCCAGUCCAGUUCUUCGUUGUAUGGAUAAACUUAGAGAAGAGCUUUCCUGUGCAAUUUGUUUGGAUAUCUGCUUUGAACCAAGUACCACUCCUUGUGGCCACAGUUUCUGUAAGAAAUGUUUGAGAUCAGCUGCAGAUAAAUGUGGGAAGAGAUGCCCAAAGUGCCGGCAGCUAAUAAGCAAUGGAAGAUCUUGCACUGUCAACACGGUUCUUUGGAAUACAAUACAGCUUUUGUUUCCCAAAGAGGUUGAAGCAAGGAAGGCUGCUGCAGCCUUAAACAACCGGCAAGUUGAGUGUCAAAGUCCCAGGAGGAGUCGAAGUAUUAGACCUCCAAUUGUCUAUACCAGAGACGCAAGUGUGAGGAGAAGAGGAGUGGUAGUGAUGAGCCAAGAUGAGGAUGCAGCAUUGGCUUUAAGGCCGCAGAGAGAGGAUUUUUCACGGUCGGAUACAACUACAAGCAUGAGUAGAAGAAGAAGGGGGACACCAAGCCAAGAUGAGGAUGCUGCAUUAGCUUUUAGGUUGCAACGAGAAGAAUUCAUGGAGUCUUUUAGGGGGACUCAUCAGCAAACAAGAACCUCACUUUCUUCAGCUAGAGCAAAUUUGAGAGCAAUGGCAUCCCGAGCCGUUAACAUUCGAAUGAGAGGCCGGCCUAUAUAAGCAUAGCCCUUCAAUUCAAGCUUCAUGUUCUUACCAAUAUUUGAUUAUAUAUGUUACUUCCAAUGUAAUGUAAAUUGGGCAACAAAAAAUACUAAUCAUUUGAAGUGUACCUUUCUACUUCUUUCCUGAUCUUAAGAUUUCAUCACGUUGCAUACUAGUUUUUUCUGUCAAACUGUGUUCCUGAUUCAAUGUUAUUGUUUUCAGCUACUCUUAACCGAAAAUUUGGUCUAUUGGCAAUUCUUACAAAGUAAUAUUAAACUCAGCUGAUUCGUUCGACUACCUUAAGAGAUAACAUCAAU